AUGCUUAAAAACAAACAAUUUUUAUUGUUAACUAAAUUAAAAAAAAAAAUUGAAUCAAGAGAAAUAUAUAAUUCUAAAAAGUUACUUAUCAGUAAUGAAAUAAAAGAUGAUGAAAAUAAUAAAAAAAUUGAAUUGGAUAAAACUAUUGAUGUUAAUCAAAAUCAAUUUAGUUUAAAUAAUGUUGAUAAAAAAGAAAAUAAAAUAGAUAUACCUAAGAAAAAAAUUGACAUUCUGCAACCAUCCUAUUUUGGUUAUCUUUCUGGUGUUCUUACAACAGUUUGGGAUGAAUUUGGUAAAAAAAUUGAUGAAAAUUCUAUAUUAAAAUAUAAAGUUAAAAAGGAUGUUGGUACAAAAAAUGAUGAACAGAAUUUAUCAAAAACAAAAAUUUCAAAAAUUUUAAUAAAAGAUAUACCUAAAGUAAAAGUAAUAAAUAUGACUAAAAUGCAUGUUAAUGAAUUAUUAUUGGCACAAUCAACUAGUUCAAAAUUAUUAAGAAUUCAAGCUUUAAUAUCUCAUAUACAAGAAUUUAGAUCUAGUAGAAUGACAGCAAUAAAAAAUCAUUUAUUAAUUCCACAUUUACUAGAUUUAGUAGAAACAGGAAAAGAUGUUCAAGUACAAGAAGAAGCUAGAAAAUGUUUAUCAAUAUUAGGUUAUCCACCAUAUUUAAAAUCUUCUGGAAUACGUAUAUUAUCUAUUGAUGGUGGUGGAACUAGAGGAAUAAUAGGUUUAACAGUAUUAGAAGCUAUAGAAAAAACUGCUGGAAAAAAAAUAUAUGAAUUAUUUGAUUUUAUUUCAGGUGUUAGUACAGGGGCAAUAUUAGCUGUAUUAUUGGGUAUUAAAAAAAUUUCAGUAGAUGAAUGUCGAAGAAAUUAUGUAGAUUUAUCAAGAAGAUUAUUUACUCAACAAAAAUUACCAGGUGUUAGUGGUCUUUUAACGUUACACUCUUUUUACAACACAUCAUUGUGGACUGAAAUUUUAAAAGAAAAUGUAGGAGAUUCUAUGACAUGUGCUGAUUCUGCUAAAUAUAAAGAUAUUCCAAAAAUAUCUAUUGUUUCAUGUAUUCUUAAUUCACCGCAAUUACAGCCAUUUGUAUUUAGAAAUUAUGAAUUACCAGUUGGACAUGAUAGUCAAUUUAAAGGAGGAAAUAAUUUUAAAAUUUGGCAAGCAGUACAAGCAUCUUCUGCUGCACCAGGAUAUUUUGAAGAGGUACGUCUUGGUUCUAUUGUACAUCAAGAUGGUGGAAUAUUAGCAAAUAACCCUACGGCUAUAGCAAUUCAUGAGGCAAAACAUUUAUGGCCAAAUGAAGAUAUUCAAUGUGUUGUAUCUAUUGGUACUGGACGAUCAGUAUCUGAAAUUGAAUUUUUGAAUUGUGAUCAAUACCUAACAAAAACAUAUAGUAAAAUAUCAAAAAUUAUUGACUCUGCUACUGAUAGUCAAGCUACACAUAUUUGUGUAAAUGAUCUAUUACCUGGUGGAAUGUAUUAUAGAUUAAAUCCAUACAUGAGUUUUCCAUAUGCAUUAGAUGAAAUUGAAGAUUCAAAAUUAGAACAAAUGAAACGAGAUGCUGAAUUAUAUGUACGAAGAAAUAUAAAAAAGAUUGAAGAUUGUAGUAAACAAUUAAUUAAAAAACCUACAUUAACGCAUAUUAUUAAAAAAAAAGUAACAAAUAAAUUAAAUCAAAUGGGUAUUUUUCAAAAUAAUUUUUAA